GUAGCGUUGCAUUUAUGAUGCUGGAAGAAUCCGUUUGGGAACACUGGGGAGCAGUGCAAAGAGUCAUCAGGAUAAGCCCAUGUAUUUUGGGUCCUCUGAACACGCGUAAGAUGAAGCAACGUGAUUGCACAAGGAAGCAGACCCUCCAAGUGUCAAAAUGAAAAAGGGGUGGUGAAAGGGCUGCCAACCCAACUCCACUGAAAGCAACACUUGGUCUUCUUGCAAGCCUGCAAAUGGCUUCUAGGUCAACAAAGAUGCCUGACAACUUCAAUAUAUAUCAUCUACUCAAGGGUGCGCUUCCCUUGGAGAGUUCAGAUGAGGCAAUGGACAGAUCCGACGAUGAGACAAACCCACAAUACCAAGGACUAACUGGUCUGCGGAACUUAGGCAACACCUGCUACAUGAAUGCUGUCAUACAGUGCCUCUGCAGCGUUUCGCCGCUGGUGGAAUAUUUCCUCUCUGGAAAGUAUACAGCAUCGCUAAACAAGGAGGAUGGAGAGAUAGCGACUGCUUUUGCUUAUUUGAUGAAUGACAUGUGGCUGGGGGACUUUGACUGCGUGUCCCCAGAGGUGUUCCGAUUGGUCAUUGGUGAGCGAUACCCAGCUUUCAUCAAGAAGACCCAGCAGGAUGCCCAGGAGUUUCUGAUUUAUGUCUUGAAUGAGCUCCAUGAAGCUCUCAAGAAGACAAGUAGGAGAAGAAACCAGGGGACCUCAUCGUCUGCUUGGGAAUCCAGGGGCUGCGUCAGCGAGUCCUCCAUAAUCACCCGGCUUUUUGAAGGACAUCUCAAUUAUGACAUCAUGUGUUUGGAAUGCCAAACGACGACAUACAAAAACGAGAUCUUCACCGUAUUAUCUCUUCCCAUCCCUUACGAAACUGAAUGCUCGCUAGAGGAAUGCCUCGAAUGCUUCUUUCAGCAAGACAUAUUGACUUGGAACAACCAGAUUAACUGCUCCUGUUGUGGGAUAAAGACAGAUGCCGCUGUGAAAGCCAGCAUAGCGAAGGCGCCAAAAAUAAUUAUCUUCCAUCUAAAGAGGUUUGACUGUCAAGGCAGUUAUAAAAAGAAACUGAAAACGGACAUCUACUAUCCGUUAAAUAACCUGGAUUUGUCCUCUUACAUAUAUCCACUCUUUCGGAAAAACCCAAAAUACAGCUUAUUUGCUGUGGUGAACCAUUUUGGAGAUCUGGAUGGUGGCCACUACACUGCGUACUGCAAACAUCCCCCCACCCAAAGCUGGUACAACUUUGACGACUCUCAGAUCAGCGAGAUCCCAGACCCUUCAGUGCAAACGUCUGCAGCUUAUCUGCUGUUUUACAGCAGUCAAACUUUCACUGUGCCGGUUAAAAACCAAAAUGGCUAGGAAACGCACUGAAAACCAUCGUGUACAUAGGAUGCAGUGGCACUGUUAGCAAACGUUCCCUGACCCGGGCCGGCCAGGUUUCGAGUCAUCCUUAAGGAAGAGGAACCACAUUUCCUAAUGCCUGCGUUCAGGCUGUACGUGGUAUUUAGAAAUGGGAUUGUGAACAGCUUCUCUCUUCAGUGAAAAGACGGAUGCCAGACAUGAACUCAUUUUCAGUAAGCUUUCAGAGAAAGCAGCAAACCGCUAGAUAAAUAAAGUCUUCCUGGGCAGCCAGAGUCUAAA